UUGAUGCCGACACCCCAACACACCACAUGAAAGAAGAUAGUGCUUGCAACAACAGACUGAUAAAAUCUGUUAAGAUGUGAAUACUGUAACAUCAACUAGACCGUCAUUAUUCUUUUUCUUUAAAAGGUGUUAACGUUAGCUUGUUGGUGUCUUUAACGGGGAGUGACUCCGCCACGGUGACAGAAGUUACUCUGGUUGAAUCAUCGGGGUCAGAGGAGAUUAAAGGAGUCGUGGAGCCACAGGGGAGCGGGAACUUCUUAGUUCAUGUUGACAGGAUACCGUCAUUGGAGUUUGUGGUGCGGGUGAAGGGGCAGGAUUACAGCGUUACCCCCAGAAUUCCAUCAAUAGUCUUCCAAAGGCAGUCAUCCAUCAACUUCAGAGCCUCUAAUCUGACUAUUACUGCUAUUUCAAAUAGCAUCUUGGUACCAGGAACGCCAUUCUCUGUGCCCUUUUCUGUGAUGACUAAUGGAGUAGGGGGAAACUUCACCAUCCGCGCCACCAACAACCGGCGUUUUGACAUAACAUCUCCAACCAGUUUGUUCGUGGAAACUGCAAACAGUGCUAACAAUACAGUAACCCUCUCAGCACCUCUUAACACCCCGUCUGGUACUGACGUCACCUUGACCAUUGAGGCCGAGGCACCAGGGGGAGAAGAUACAAACUAUGUCGUGCUGCGUUUCUCCGUCGUUAACAUGGUGACUGACUUCACUCCGCCGGUGUGUCAGCUGCUCAGCCUGCAGUCUAACUGCUCUAACUGCUCUAAAAACUGCUCUGAUAACUGCAUCUCAUCAAGGUGGGAGCUCUCUGUUCGUGUGACUGAUGGGGCUGAAGGGACGGGUGUCGACCGCGUCAGCCUCAGACAGGGCAACGGGACGUUGAACACCAGCCUGGCUGCUGGUAACGAGAACAUAACGCUGGUUUCCUACAGUUCGUCUUGCUGUUCGCCUAAUAUGGAGCUGCUGGUUGUGGAUCGAGUGGGUAACGUCGAAACAUGUUUCUACACUUCCUCUGUGUCCACCAGUGUAAUUCAGUUGCCUCUUCUUUGUCUAAGCAUAUUAGUAUCAGGACUCCAUGUAGGCCUACUGGCAUAACUGGGCAUCCAGUGACUCCGCGUCAAAGUUGCAAAUAGUUAACACUGCAUUGAUCUAUUUUGUAUGUCAACAUUGAAUCAAUUGACUGUGUGCACUAUGAAAAGGGUCACCUGUAGUGGCAAACGCACAGCUUUAAGUUGUACACUAUACUUGCAAUCUAAAUGAUGCAGCUUUACAUCUCUGAUUUCUUUUUCGCUUUUUCAUCAACAGAUUUUCUGUGCUAUGUAACUGAUUUAUGUAUCACUAGUUGCUUAGGCUUAUUACUGCUGUUGCAAAGUCUGGUGCCUUUUGGGCUCUCCUUGCAGUUCAGUGAAUUAUUAAUUUCUGUUUAUUAUUUAAGCUUAAAGUUAUUGAACAGAGAUAUGAUCACUGGAAAGAAAUUAUUAUAUAAAUACGCACAG